AUGGAAAAGAACGAUGAUCCUUCAUCAGCUGUCGAUCAGAUCUCUCCACCAAGCUGGACAUUCAGAAUGACGGUCUUUACCACAUUUGUUGCUGCGGCGGCGGCUGGCAUGGUUGCUGUUUCACAGGCAUCACCAGUAUCGGAUUCAACACCAGCCGUCAGUGUGUCAAAUGCGAAGUCGUCUUUGACACUCAUCUACCAGAACAACCUGAACGGGUCGGACGACAAGAACCACAUCGGUGCCAUUAUCCUCGACCCAGUCGCUCAAGCCAACGCAGCUGCAGCUUGCGCCUCUCUCAAUGAGAAGCUUAUUUCCAAGGCUACGCUUCAGAAGUACCAGGCAGACUUCAACGACGCUCUUUCCUACCAAGAUUACGCCAAAUACACGGAUGCCGAGCGAGGGUACUACAUCGAUAGCGGUGUGGUAUCAGUUGGCAACCGAGUAAGCUACUCGUCCUCUUCGGGAUCUCACAAGCAAUUGCCAGUGUUGUGCACCCAGUCGGCAAACAACGGGUCGUCGAGCGCUGGGCCUGUCACUGGCAGCACUGUCUCGGUAGCAUCUGGUGGAAAUACUUUUGUCGGCUAUCGCAACCAGAAGUCCUUCAGGUUCCUUGGCAUCCCGUAUGCCGAUACACCUACACGUUUCCAAUACUCGUCGCUUUACUCCAAAAAGGGGCAGACGAUACAAGCUACCAAGUACGGCUCGCAAUGUGCCCAGGGUGGUGGUGGAAGCGAGGACUGUCUUUUCCUGAACAUCCAAACACCAUACAUCCCCAAGGCAGGAUCGAAAAAGCAACUCCGGCCCGUCUUAUUCUGGAUCCAUGGUGGCGGCUUUACUGGAGGAAGCGGUGCCGACGCACUCUCUGAUGGUGGAAACCUUGCAAGCAAGGAAGACCUCGUCGUUGUCAACAUCAACUACCGUCUUUCAACGCUUGGCUUCCUGGCCAUUCCUGGAACGGACAUCAAGGGCAACUUUGGAAUUGCUGACCAGAUCACAGCACUGGACUGGACCAUCGCAAACAUUGCUGCCUUUGGUGGUGACCCAAAGAAGAUUACUAUUGCUGGAGAGUCUGCUGGAGCUGGCUCAGUCCGCACACUAUUGGGAUCUCCCGAAGCUAUUGGAAAAUACCAAGGCGCAAUUGCCAUGUCUAAUCUUGGAGGAGGUGUGACUCUUGGUUUGGACGGCGACUAUGGAACAACAUACUCGACCUACUACACGAUCAAUCAGAGCUACACUGUCGCCGGACCUCAGAUAUUCGCUGCUGCCGGCUGCAAUGGCACUGAUGUGUCAGCUCAGAUUGCUUGUCUCGAUAAAGUUCCCGCUGCACAGCUAGUUGGCUUCAACACUGUUGCUCGUUAUGUUGUCCAAGACGGUACCUAUGUAAACACGCCCAAUCUCAUCCUCUCCACCCGUAACGCCAGUACUGCGCAUAUCCCUGUCAUCUUUGGUAUCAUCGUCAACGACGGUGCUUCCUUCUCCACAUACCCCAAGAGCCCCAUCUCAAACCACUCUCAAGGAUUACAAGAAGCGCUUGGUAUCAACAGCACAUGGGCAGAGCGUAUCAUCCAGUCGGGUCUUUUCCCCUUGACCAACACCGGCAAUCUGACACUCGACUCAUUCAACGUCUCUCAGCGGGUUGCCACAGACAAGACAUUCCGUUGCGUCGACCAAUCCACCGUUUAUUCUGGAGUGCAAUCGCAUGCCUUCCAGAAAGCAUACUACUAUCAGUUCCAACGCUCCAUCGAUGGCUACGAUCCCAACAACCUAGGUGGGCCUGCCAACGAUGAUCCCAAGAACCCUUACUUCCGUUUCCAUGGUGCAGAUAUGCCUUGGCUGUUUGGCACUUUGAACCGUAUUCGCGACCCAGAGGAUCUGUGGAGUGCUCAGCUCGUCACCAGCUACUUCGCUGCUUUCAUUAGGGGCGGCGAUCCGAACCCUAGUCUCAAGUACCUCGACGUAAGAGGAUACGACAAGGUGAUCGAGGGUGUGAAGAAGUACGGACAGUGGGGACAGGUAGAUGCAACAAGAAAGACAGGUGACGAGAUCAGAUUAUUGGACUGGCCUAGUAAGAGUGCCGGCUUCCAAGAUGUGGAGCAAUGUGACUGGCUAGGAUACCCUCUAGACUACUACCUAAAGGGUGGUAUCUGA